CAUUAAUACUGUAGUGGUAUUCCUGUUUUUACUCUCAAUUUUUUAUAAAUUAAAUUUUAGUUCUUCACUUUUGGCUACUUCAUAUCUUACAUCGUUAAUGUGUAUACAUAAAUGCUCAAUUUAAAAAUAUUUGCCCCCAGGAAAUUACAAUUUGAACCGCUAAAUAUUAAUUAAAAAGUCAUUUAAAUGCGUCUACCGGAACAUACCUGUAAAAUAUGUAUAGUUUUGUAAUAAUUAUAAUAAUGAUAAUAAGUACUCAUAAUAACUAUGAUGUAUAUCAGGUAUUAUACGGUGAUUUAAUGGUAUUUUCAAUGUUGUCACUAAUUUUUUAGACGGAAUUAAACAUAUUAAUGCACAUAUAGCUUGAUAAAAAGCCUUAACAUUCGGAUAAUGUGUAUUUUUUAGUGUAUUUCAAAGGGAAGUGUUGAUAUUGCCGCUGCUCAGCCGCAGUCGCAGCUCAGUCGCAAGUGAGUCGGUAUAGAAAUCGUCAUCUCAUAACGACUUAAGCUGCUCGGCACGCAACAUGACCGGGCUGAGCAGCAUAGUCAGCAUUUCUGCACCUCCCAGAAUCCAGAAACCAGCACCCAGCCACCCCCUUUUCCACCCACUGCCAAUGCCCCUGGGGUCACACACACUUAAAGCCACAACAAACGCAUCCGCAGAAUCUUGGGGGGCGACGACGAUGAUGAUGAUGACAAUGGGCGGAUGAUGGCAAAGUCAUUCCUUUAAAGGCUGCCUCUCAGUCGUUCUGUGUGCUCUGAGUGAUUUUGUUUGCCAGUGCCGUCUAUUUAUUUUCUAUUUAUUCGAUUUGCAUUUCCACUCUUCGGAGCCGAAAACUCUCAAGAUUUCAAAUGCAAAUUCAGUUUCCCCUAAGUCAUUCCGAAUAUCUCUGUGUAUUUUGUUCGGCUGUUGACUUGGCUUUUUGCCCCUUGACAGCUCUUUGGCAACGAGAAUCUGCGACAUCCAAUCCCUAAAUGUUGCUCAACUUGGAAAAGCACCAGGGCGUGGCAGGAAAAUCAACAAUCCUUCGCCAUGUGGCUUGUCUCACUGCGGCAACUUCAGCGUGUGGACAGUUUCAUUUCCCUAAUUAAACGUCUGCAAUACGAGAAACUCAAACCGAAAAAUACAAAGCCAAAACGCAAAAAUCAACUCGGAAAAUUGUCGUAGAAAUUGUGCAAUAAAUAAAAAAAAUGGAAACCCCUACGCGAGUGACCAACGUAUAAUUUAGAGCUCGUGGCCACCACAACUCGAGUGGACAAUUUGUUGUACGCCAUUCGGCAACAACCACAGCUGCCACCAGCAACAUCAAACAGUCGGCCAAGAUGCGAGCGUUGAAAGCGUGUGCGAGCAUGAAAAUAAAACAUCAUCAUCAGGAAAUAAAUUCGGGAAAAAAUAAAUAUAAAUAUACAUCGAAAUGAAUAAAUAUAAAUAUAUAGACUAGCAUAUAGCCAAAGCCAUAUUCUAUAUUCUAAAUGAGUGCGCUAUAUCCCGACGAGGGGCGGCAAAAAAUGGCUUAGGACAUUUUACCAUUUUCCCAUUUUUCCACCACUUUGUCGGGGGGCACAGGGCCGUAGACACCGACCACAGCGGAAUAUACUCAUCGAGAUAUAGAUGUAGAUAUGGCGGCUGUAUGCUAAAAGGCAUUUGAAGCGAGUGACAUUCUUUCGCCCAGCUGUUGUCAUAUAAAUCAUUGCUUUUAUACAGGGUGUGCUAUUGAACUUGGAGCAGUUAAGAUUCGAGUUAAAGAUAGUUAACUUUUGUGAAGAUGACAUCAUUUAGGAAGUCAUUUGAUAUUUGAAUUCGGCGGUGAAUACUGUGAGAAAAAAUGAUUUGUAAAAUUUCUUACUUUUAAAAACUCUUAAAAAUAUACCUAUUUAAAAUGAUACCACUGAAGUUUAAAAACCUCUUAGUUAAUUUCUAUAUUCGGUUAAAACGCUAAGGAAAGAAAAAUGUUGAAUAUCAAAUUAUUGCAUUAAGAAGGUAAAAUUUGAAAUAUUUAUUGUUACCAUUGUUCUAAAAGUCAAACCAAUAAAUAAAUAUUUUUUUUAAUUGUCUGAAAUAAGUUCCGAUAAAAUUAAUAUAUAGUUAACUCAUGAUUAUACCUUUAAUAAAGGUAUUUAAUAUUUCCCGAUCAUAUUAAAGUAUAAUUACUCACUUUGGCACUGACUCUUUGUUUUCCGUAAUCCUAUUAAAUUAUAAUCUGUGAUUUAUCUUAGAAAAACACACCCUGUCCAAUUCGCAUAAAAGUCCGCCAGCACGCACAACAUCAACAACUCAACUUCUGCGUCAGUAAAUAAACAAAUAUUGACUCGAAUCAAUACAAAUGCCAGCGGCAACAACUAGAUAAUGUACAAAAGUGAUUAUAAUCGGGGCAACAAAAAGAAAAUCGAGCCCAUGUUUUUCCAUGCUCUUAAUAUUCGUUUUUUUUAUUUUCUUUUUCCGAUCCACCAUUUAUGGCACAGUUCCAGGAGGCAUAACAUCGAAUAACAAUAUCUGAAUUAGUGGGCGCUGAGCUAAAAAACCGACCACUUGGCCGAAACAAACUAAAAAUAAUUUGAAGCCCAAGAAAUGUUAAAAAUAAAACCAAAAGAAAUCAACGAAUUUUCGACGGCUACACAAGACGGCGUCAACCGCAGCAGCCGCGGCAGCAAAAAAUAUGAACAGAAUUAAAAAGCAGCCGCUUGGAGCUAGGGAAAAACCCAAUCAGCGAGCCGCAGCCAAAGAUUUACAAAAAAAUAGAAAAAUAGAAGCCGCACACAGUAAAUAGCCAGAAAUUGUCGUCCAGCGAAAAGGUGGUAGUAGUAGCCUCCAUCAGCAGAAGCAGCAGCACAGCAGCAGCACAGCAGCAGCGCAGCAGCAGCAGCAGCAGCGGCGGCGGAAAAGCUACGGAAAAUCAACGGGAAAGCGAGGCCAUCGAGAGCGUGUGGGCGGCGUUGGCUGGCAAGGACAGCCGCUGGUCGUUGACGUUGGCAGCGGCUGAAACUGAGGCUGAGGCUGAGGCUGAGGCAGCGGCGACGUUGUCGUGGCCACACGGUGCUGGCCACUUUCGCGAAUCAAUUUCCGUUGCGGUGGCCGUUUCAGUUUUGGUUUCAACGUCGCCGGCGCUACGCGUGUCGUGAAUUUCCAAUGGCGGUUCUAGUGGGUGUUGUUCCAAUUUAGAAGUGCGAAAGUAAUACAACAACCAGAAACAGUGUUAAGUAGCGAGCUACCAAAGCCAAAGAAAGAGUAUACAAAAAUUAAACCAGACCACCACUCACCACUCAUGUUGUUGUGCCCCGAACUUGGCCCAGAGCCACCGCGGCAGAGGCAUCGCACCAGUGCCGCCAGGAUACGCAAAAGACCGAAAUGCUGCUGCGGCAGCGAGGAGGAGGAGCAGUCAGGAGUGUUACAGAGACAGACACAGGCACAGGCACAGCCAGCCAGCCCCAGCUAUGGCCAUCGCCAAAGUCUGACCCUGGCGCGGGUUACCGCGGCCGCCCUGACCGCGGCGGCCAUGCUGCACACAACGAGCGCCCUGGCCACCAGUGCAUCCUCCUCCGCCGACCCCGCCGCAUCCUCCGCCGGAUCUGCACUGCCAUUGCCGGGCACUGCCACGCCCGCUUCGCACGAACUGAAUGCCACGCUGCUGAGCAGCACGGCGGCGGGCCUGAUCUUCAACGAGAGUGGACACAAGGAGCCGGGCCUGGGUGGCCUUCAUCCCGACGAGGACUGGCUGGACAACAUCUUCUGGGUGUUCAAGGCCUUCGUCAUGCUGCUCAUCAUCAUUGCGGCCAUCUGCGGCAAUCUGCUUGUUAUUAUUUCUGUGAUGCGUGUUAGAAAAUUAAGAGUUAUAACGAAUUACUUUGUAGUUUCCUUAGCCAUGGCUGAUAUAAUGGUCGCUAUUAUGGCCAUGACAUUUAACUUUAGUGUGCAAGUAACUGGGCGCUGGCUCUUCAGCCCCUUCCUGUGCGAUUUGUGGAACAGCCUCGAUGUCUACUUCUCAACAGCGAGUAUUUUGCAUUUAUGCUGCAUAUCUGUGGAUAGAUACUAUGCGAUUGUUAAGCCGCUCAAGUAUCCGAUUAGCAUGACGAAACGCGUGGUCGGCAUUAUGCUGCUGAACACCUGGAUAUCGCCGGCGCUGCUCUCGUUCUUGCCCAUCUUCAUCGGCUGGUACACCACCGACGAGCACAAGGUGGACGUCAUCGAGCAUCCGGACCGGUGCGCCUUCGUGGUGAACAAGUACUACGCCGUCAUCUCGAGCUCCAUUUCGUUCUGGAUCCCAUGCACCAUCAUGAUAUUCACCUACCUGGCCAUCUUCCGCGAGGCCAAUCGCCAGGAGAAGCAGCUGAUGAUGCGCCACGGCAACGCGAUGCUCAUGCACCGCCCCUCCAUGCAGCCCUCAGGCGAGGCGCUGAGCGGCUCCGGCUCGUCGAAAACAUUGACGCUGCACGAGGUCGAGCAGGAGCACACCCCCACUAAGGACAAGCACUUAAUCAAAAUGAAGCGGGAGCACAAGGCCGCACGCACGCUGGGCAUCAUCAUGGGCACCUUCAUCCUCUGCUGGCUGCCAUUCUUUCUGUGGUACACGCUCUCCAUGACCUGCGAGCCGUGCCAAGUGCCGGAUAUAGUCGUAUCGAUCCUGUUCUGGAUUGGCUACUUCAACUCGACGCUCAACCCGCUGAUCUACGCGUACUUCAACCGGGACUUCCGGGAGGCGUUCCGCAACACGCUGCUCUGCCUGUUCUGCAACUGGUGGAAGGACCGUCAUCUGCCGCUGGACAUCGACAUCCGGCGCUCCAGCCUGCGCUACGACCAGCGGGCGAAGAGCGUCUACUCGGAGAGCUACCUCAACUCGACGACGCCCUCGCACCGCCGCCAGUCGCAGAUGGUGGACAACUUAUAAUACAGGGACGAGGCGCUGCUGACCCCUAUCGCCCAGCAGCAGCAGCGGCUGGCGGCGGGCGGAUCCCGCCUGGGCGGACAACUGGCAGCUGCCGCCGACAGGGACAACAAGGCCAGGUCCCACGCCGACCGCCUGGCGGGCGACGAUGUGCAGGAGAUCCAGAUCGAAAUACCCAUGGAGUACAUCAACAAAUGGAACAAGAACAACAAUGCCGCCGCCUCGACGGCCUCGAGCCAUGUGUAAAUGUAGAGUGCUCGCUGGGGCGACGAAUCAAUCGAUGGCAGGAUGACAGACUGGCAGAAUGGCAGAAUGGCAGAUUGCCGGCCGGGGAGGAAUCAAUUUAAUGCAAUUAAAAUGUUCCAUUAAUUUGUAAAAUUAAUAUGCCGGCUCAUGCGUCGGCUGAUUUACUCGUAAUGUUGACAUUAAUCAAUCAUGCUUUGGAGCGUGCCAUUUCAUUUGCCCGCCACUGUGCACCCGUCGAUUGCUUUUUGUUUAAAUCUUCUUAAUUUUUUCAAUUUUCGUUGCCGGGUCCCUUGAAGCACAGAUCGGGGCUAUCAUAGGAUAAAUUAUUUAUUUAUGUUUUCGUGUCGUUUGAAUCUUGUUGUAAAUACUGAGUAUUUUUGUACGACUAAAUUAAGCACAGGUUGUAAACUCAUUUCUAUAUGUACGCCAAUCGGAAAACUGUAAGCCCCAAAGCAUUUUGCUCACUCAAAAGAAAAACCAAAAAUAAAUUAAUUAACAUGGCAAUCACUGCAA